CCCAACCGGAGACAAAUCAAGUCGACCUGAACAACCCAAACAGUGACGUGUACGACAAUAUUCAAAUCUUCCGACUGAACCUGAUUGACCACCCUUCUCACCAAACCCCGUCCCGGUGCCUUCUUUAGGUUUUCCAAUAUUAUAUUACAUAAUUAUUAUUCUAACUCAUAAACUCAUUUCCACAUUUCUCCUUCCUUCACUGCCGCCUGUAACCAUCACCCAUAUCGCCCUUCAUCACCAUCCAUCCACCUCUCUACAGGUUCGAACAAAUAGCGAUCACAAUCGAAACAAAACAUGUCUUCCGUUGCUCCAAUUCAUCAAUCUUAUGUUGCUAGAAACACUCGUUGUUGUUUGAAUCCUGCUAGACAUGUUCCACACCUCCAGUUUCCCAACCUAACCCACAAAAAACUCGUCGAUUUCACCGGUUUGUGUAUCAGAUCAAAGCCAGAUUUGUUAUCCACCCGGCAUGCAGUUCCGGUUGUUCCCUGUGCUGGUGGCGAUGGCGGUAGUUCAGGUGUCGGUCACGGCAGUGGCGGUGGAGGUGGCAGUGGCGGUAGCGACUGGAGCAGCGGCGGAAAAUCCAAUGACUCAUCGUCGUUCGAUAGUUUCGGCCCAAUUGGGGCUUUUUUAAGCGGUUGGAGAUCUAGGGUUGCAGCUGAUCCACAAUUCCCUUUCAAGGUGCUAAUGGAAGAACUAGUUGGUGUGAGUGCAAAUGUGUUGGGCGACAUGGCGACUCGACCGAAUUUCGGUCUAAACGAGCUAGAUUUCGUGUUCUCGACGUUAGUCGUAGGAUCAAUCCUGAAUUUCACCCUUAUGUAUUUACUAGCACCCACCAUGACAUCCGGAUCAGCAUCAUUACCUUUCAUAUUCGCGAACUCGCCAGCUAGCCACAUGUUUGAGCCGGGCGCGUACACACUGGCUAACCGGUUUGGAACAUUUGUAUACAAAGGAGCCCAGUUUGCAGCCGUGGGUUUCGCAGCUGGUUUAGUUGGAACCGCAUUGUCAAACGGGUUGAUCAAGAUGAGAAAAAAGAUGGACCCAAGUUUCGAGUCGCCAAACAAGGCCCCACCCACUGUUUUGAACGCGGUCACGUGGGCAAUUCAUAUGGGUAUAAGUAGUAAUUUAAGGUACCAAAGUUUGAAUGGGAUCGAGUUCAUGCUGGCAAAGGGGUUACCUCCGUUGUUGUUCAAAACCUCGGUGGUUGGUUUAAGGUUGGUGAACAAUCUUCUUGGUGGGAUGACAUUUGUUAUGCUUGCAAGGUUGACUGGAUCGCAAAGUGCGGGUGGAGAAGAAGACAAGAUUGGUGAUGAAGAGAGUUCGGAUGUGGAGAAGAAGUUACUUGUGAAUGAAAUUCAUUCAAAGUGAGUUAUGUUUCAUGUUUGAUGGUUAUAAAAAGAUAGGGGUUUCAUGAUAUGGUUAUGUAAUUGUAGGUUGAUGUUAUGAGUUUUGGUACAACUAGAAUAAAUCUGUGCAACUUGUGUGUUUUGGUUUGACCUGUUUUUGGAUGCUUGGAAUUGAAUUGGGUCAAAGGCAUGGGUCUAAA